AUGGCCCCGUCCCUCUUUGGAGCGCGCCGUUCGUCGCGAUCGAGCUUGUCGCAGUCGGCAGCCCCGUCGUCGCCCGGUUCUACUGCACCUGCCCUUCCACCGCCGAAUACCCGGUCUGCUUCAUUAUCGCCUGUAGCGACCCGCCGCGCCUCCCGCAGUGGUAGCACGGCCUUGGAGCAGCUGCGUGGACGGGUGCGCUCAGCUACCACGACAGCGACUGCUCCAGGAGCGAGUGCACCCCAGGUUCCCAUGGGAAACGGCACACCGUCUCGUGCUCGGGCAGAUAGCAACGCAUCUGCCAUUGUUCCCCCAGUGGUUCGCGACGCCGAGCUUGAUCGCCGCGCCCGUGAAGCUAUGCAGACAUCCUCGGCCCCCGCGGCAUUGCGCUCCUCGACCCCGCCCCCAUACUCGCACCACUCACUCGACCGGUCCCCAUUGCCCAACCCCAUGGUUCUCGACGACCGUCCGCGCGUGCCGCCUCCCAUCUACUUGCGCAGCUCGAGCGCUCAGCCCCAGUCCAAGCUGGGAACCUUGUCGAUCCACGUGCCUGGAUGGGGUGUCGCUCUGGUGCGUCCACCACGACAUUACGAUCUCCACCCGCUCGAGUCGGGCUCGAGCGGCCGCGAGCCGCCUGCAGAGGACACGGUUGUCAGUGGCUCUCUCGAGGUCGUCAUGCGCGAGCGUCGCCGUGUCCAGGCAAUCAGUGUCGGAAUCCAGAGCGUGGCAAAACUCAACAUGGGCCCAAACAGAGGAUGGGAGGAUGAUGGAAUCUUUGAGCGUGGUGUCGAGGUGGUAGGCGGUGGACUGGACGGGGAAGGACUAUGGCUCGAAAAGGGGUCACAGACCUUUGCAUUCUCGCUCCUGUUGCCUGCGACAUCGGCCACCUACGACUACCACACCUUUGGUCGCGUGUCGUACAUUCUGACAGCUCGUGUCGAGGGUGUUCCUCAAGGUCGCCUAGUGAACAUGUUCAAGUCUCGCGAUAUCCCUAUCCAGGGCGACAUUCCGUUCCUUGGCGAUUUCCAGGCUGUCAUUGCCCGUUCCGACAAGAUUGCGCACGAGCAAGCCCAAGCCAUGUCGCGCGACCGGUCGCGGGACGGAUCUCCCUCGCUCUCGCCCUUGAUUGCUGGCCUCGGUAUUGACCAGCCGCCAUCGCCACUUGCUACUCCGCAGGACGAGAUUGCCAUCACGUUUGGCGAUGUGGCGUCACCGGUCCAUGGUCUCUACCAUCGGCGAUUGUCCACCGACCUUGUGCUUCCCCAGGGAGGCAGUCCCGGCCGUCCGUCGCCACUCCGGCGUGACACGGACGCCAUGUCCAUUGCCUCCCGCGCGAGCAGUAUCGAGGGCAGCAAGAGCGAGAAAAUGGGUUGGCUCGUGGGCGACAUUUGUGGCAUUCGCAAUUUCAAAGUCCACGCCAACCCGUCCCCGACGUCUGGUGUAUACCAGCUAGACAUUCGCAAAGAGGGCUAUGUGGAAGGUCUCGGACCGUGGCGAUUCUCCAUCACCAGCGACGCGUUUACUAUUGCGUCUUGCGCCAUGCUCUCCCUGAGUAUCCCCUCGCCCGCACCCUCCUGCACCAUCUUCUUUGUGCGCAUCCUCGUCUCGCAAACCUACGUGUUGCUUUCACCGCGCACGCCCAACGACCCGCCGUUCAAGCCUGAAGGCCCCAAGAACCACGUCAUUUUCCAGGUCGGCCGUCCUCACCGCCAUGGCGAGAGUGUACUGGCCCACACCAUCACAUCGCUCUGGCGCGGUACCGAGGCGGGCGGUACGAAGGAAACCAGCAGCAGCAAUGGAUACCGCACACGGGCGGUCGCGCGAUUGCCUGGCCACGAUAAGAUUCGGCCCACUACGAACCCUGGCACCAUCACGCCUAUCCGCGUCUCGCACGAGAUCCUUGUCCGCAUCUUCUACUCGAUCGAGGGUGAGACGGUGGCGGGAAACAAGAUAAACGGACCAGGCGAGGUGCGCAUGUGUCAGGUGCGAUUGCCCAUCACUAUCCCGAGCUGUAUGUGCAGUACGGCCACGCUCAACCUGCCGACUUACGAGUGCGCGAUCAACCCGGGCAGCUCCAUUCCUGAGAACGUAUCGCUCGACGCUCAGAAGACGUGCACAUGCUCCGUGAGCUUUGCCCAGCUCUCGGCAACGACUAUCAGCCGGAACCGUGUCGAGGAGCCCGUCGAGCCUGCGCCAAAUGCAGUCGAGCGUGGCAAGCAGAUGGAGGCGGCGAACGGGGCGGGUGGUCCAAGUACGGGCGUGUAA